CAAUCUCUUUAAAGAGUGAAUUAAUGUCAAAAGAGGGCUAAGAACUUUCUUUCUGACAAGCUCUAAAGAUGAGGCGCUGUCGCCGCCGCAUGUUUUCUUUCUCAUUUCUGUUUUUUUUGUUCGGAGGCUGGUUUUACACUUUAACAGUUGCAAACCAUGAUGAUUGUCGACGUCUCAAGUUUCUGGAGCCAAUAGAUGGAUUUGCAUUGAUAGGCCACGUCAUUAAAAACAUUUCAUUACCAGUCGGAAUGCAUAUGUAUAGUCACUGCAGAAACUGGUGUACCAUGGAAGACAGAUGUACAUCGAUCAACAUGGUACCACGAGAAAAAGAUGAAAUGAUAUGCCAGCUAAGUGACUCGGACCAACUACAACACCCAAAUGAUCUGAAACCGACGGCAGGCUUAAUGUAUAGAGGCACGGAGAAUAAGUGCUACUUCAACAAGUGCUGCAACAACGCAACUUGCCUGGUUGGAUUUACGGACAAGGGAUAUCAGUGUAUAUGUCUACCUGGAUACACAGGAGAAAAUUGCGAAGAUGUCGAUGAAUGCCAAAAUGGUAUCCAUAAGUGCAUCAAGGAUGUGGCAACAUGUGUAAAUCAACUUGGAUCCUACCAUUGUAUUUGUAAUCAUGGAUACACGGGUGACGGAAAAACCAGUUGCAUACCUGAUGAAUGUCGAAGAUACACAAAAUUGACGGACAAGACCAGGAAAACCACGUACAAAACCAAGAACAAAAAAUGCGACAAACACCUUGGUCCUGGCUGGUUUCGUUUCCAAGGAAAUGCGGGAACAAAGAUGCCGACUAAAUGUCUAUCCAUGUCAAGAUGUGGUACUUAUGGAACAGGUUGGCUGCGCGGCACUCAUCCAUCAGUGGCUGAAGGCGCAGUUGACAGAACAGUUUGCUUCCGAUAUCAUAGUUGUUGUAAAUACUCCGUUAUUAUUCGAGUGAGGAACUGCGGGUCGUACUAUGUUUACCAUCUGAUUAAUACCCCAGCCUGUACUUUAGGCUACUGUGGAACGGGUUAAAAAAGAUCAGAGCUAAGGUAUGAUUACCAUAUACCCUUCAAAAUUUGAUUUCUCAUUUCU